AUGAGUAUGAAGCCGCUGAGACGAUAUUUUAAGUGACACCUGGCGGAUCGGCGUUAUUGACGUGCGUCAGCAUAUCUUCGCUAGCCUACUUAUUAUUAUUUUCAGAGAAUCAAAACGAUGGCCAUAAUGCGAAGAAAAGGCGUAAUAUUAUCAGGUGAGCUUGGUUCGGGAAUGGCGUUUACGCCCGUCGAUUUCUCGUAGCAAUCGACACAUUGGUAACAAUGCAGAGGACCUCGAGGAUCCAACGCAUCACUACCGGAGACACGACUUCUGGAAGGGAUCGCCGUCGAAGUCGCGGCAUGACCAAUCGAACCCAUGAUCUCUGGGUAGAAAAAACAAAUUUGAACGGAAUGGCGCUUGCCUUGAUUGCUUACGGUAUCCUCCUCAGUAUGGUCCUACAAUGUUAUCAGGGUCUCUUUGCUCUUAGGAGACAGGAAAAACAAUGGUGGAUGUGGAUCUACGUCAGUGCGGUUUUGGUCCUGGCGACUAUCGGCAUCGCAGGGAACCAAAGGUUCAUUCAAAUGACUUACAUCGAUUAUCGUGAUUAUCCUGGUGGCCCCAACGCUUUUACGCUCUCCUUUUACGCGACGACUUCUAAUCUGAUGUCUUUUAUCGCGUCCUUGUACCGAUUCUUUAUCAUAUACGACCGUAAUCUCUGGGCAGUUAUAGCUCUUGCUAUCGUCUAUCUUGGGGAUAUAGGCUCUGGCUUGGGUUUAGCGAUCUCAAUCGCUCGGUCCCAAGAUAGCUUUUGGGCUACGACGUCUGUACGUCUUGGAAUCGCAUUUUGGUCAAUAUCUGCAGGUCUCAACAUAAUUUUUACCUGCCUGAUUGCCUCCCGCCUUCUCCUCCUCCGUCGGAGGGCUGACGCAGUUCUAGGACCCAGCCACGGAUCACAUUACACUUCUGUAGUCACAAUCAUGGUUGAAUCGGCUGCGUUGUACUCACUGUGGGCUCUGGUAUUCCUCAUUACAUACGCCCGUAACGAUCCUGUUCAGAACAUACUACUUCCGCCGCUCGGUCAGAUAGAGGGAAUCGCACCGUUGCUCAUUAUCCUGAGGGUUACCAGGGGAAGAGCCUGGAAUUCGACCACUGUAGCCCCUUCGCGAUAUAAGGCCAAGUCUCUCUAUGGGCGCACUGAAACGGAACACUAUGAGAAUCCCUUGAAGGACUUCCCUGCUUCUCGGGGCUCGACCCCAACAAGCCUUCCCACUGAGAAUCCCCGAAGAGAUACCGGUAAAUUGACGCCACUCCAUGAAUAGUGCGCGCGCGAAGCUUUGGUGGACACCGUAUCAGGAACGAAGUUACGCAUUGUGCAAAACCGACUCAAGAAAAGAAAAUAGAGUUAUACUGCUACCAAAAUGCUAAUUGUACGCGUAAUAAAGCAAGCCGGGAUAAUAUCUUCUGCCAAUGGGACGAUGUUGAUUGGUGAUUCUAAAUAGACUGUGUAGAACACACG